UGUGACAAAUUACAACUAAUUCUUGCUUAGCUGGCAUUCGGAUAGGGAUGCUUGGUAUUCGACAGUGCUCGGUGCACCGGAGGACCGGGAACUACGAAGACGGCCAAUAUUGUCCCGCGGCAAUGCCACAUCCGUCAAUUUGAGAAUUCUCCGACGACUUUGGCGAAGUGGAAGUAGUUUUGUUCCAUUCGACAAUCCCAAUUGGUCGCGGAUAUAAAAGCUUGGUAGUUCUUUAGGAGAUGCGCUGAUUAAGUGCCACACUCUAGGGAUUGCAUUGCAAGUGGUGAAAAUCUCUGUUCUUUGGUUUCUGUUAACCUUUGAUAGAUGGAAGGAGCUAAAGAAGACUUCUUGAGGCGUUUUGGGGACGAUUACGGUUACCCUAACGCUCUUAAGAACAUCGACGAGAUGAGGUCUACUGAAUUCAAGAGAUUGGAAGGGCUCGCUUAUUUGGAUCACGCUGGAGCAACUCUCUACUCGGAGGCCCAGUUGGAAGCCAUUUUCAGAGACUUAUCAACAAAAGUCUAUGGAAACCCGCAUAGCCAGAGUGAUUCCAGCCAGGCAACAUCUGAUGUCAUAAGUGAAGCACGUCAGCAGGUUCUGACGUAUUUUAAUGCAUCUCCGAAGGACUACAAAUGCUUAUUUACUUCUGGAGUUACUGGGGCUUUGAAACUUGUUGGUGAAACUUUUCCUUGGUCAAGUGAAAGCUGCUAUAUGUACACGUUGGAAAACCAUAACAGUGUUCUUGGGAUAAGAGAAUAUGCUCUUGACCUUGGAGCAACAGUUCUUGCUGUUGAUAUUGAAGAGGUUGAACAUCUAAGAAGCCCAAAACAAUCCAUCCAUAUCCUUAAACACUCGACACAGAGGAGAAGUGAAGCCAACUCCCCAAGAGAGAUUCAGAAUGGUAAAUGUUCAGGGAAUAGUUAUAAUCUGUUUGCUUUCCCCUCGGAGUGCAAUUUUUCUGGCAAGAAAUUUCCUCUAGAACUAGUCAACAUUAUUAAAGGGUAUGCUGGAAGCAGAAUUGGAGACUCACUGCAGUGUCGGGGUUCCUGGUUGGUAUUGAUCGAUGCUGCUAAAGGCUGUGCUACUGAACCACCAGAUCUAGCUAGGUAUCCUGCAGAUUUUGUUACCUGUUCUUUCUACAAGAUGUUCGGUUAUCCAACUGGUCUAGGAGUUCUCAUUGUUCGAAAUGAGGCUGCCAGGCUUCUGAACAAGAAAUAUUUCAGUGGAGGUACUGUGUCUGCCUCCAUUGCGGACAUUGACUUUGUAAAGAAAAGGGAAAACAUUGAGCAGUUAUUUGAAGAUGGAACUGUUUCAUUCUUGGAUAUUGCUUCUAUCCGCCAUGGCUUCCAUAUAAUCAAUAGAUUAACUGUACUGUCUAUAGCACGGCAUACAGCUUCUCUUGCAACAUAUACAAGGAACAAGAUGUUAGAGUUGAAGCAUGGCAAUGGGUUGAAACUUUGUUUACUCUACGGAAGGACAGUUGAGAAGGCAAAUCCUUCUAAUGUGGGUCCCACAAUCACAUUCAAUUUGAAAAGGUCUGAUGGAUCUUGGUUUGGGUAUCGUGAAGUUGAAAAGCUGGCUUCUCUAUCUUCUAUCCAACUACGGACAGGCUGUUUUUGCAACCCUGGUGCGUGCGCUAAGUUCCUGGGUUUAUCUCAUUUAGAUCUUCUUUCCAACCUUGAGGAUGGACAUGUUUGUUGGGAUGAUGCUGACGUGUUACAUGGAAAACCAACGGGUGCUGUUAGGAUCUCCUUUGGUUAUAUGUCCACAUUUGAGGACGCUGAG